AUGUCAUUGUUACAGUUGCGGGUGGCGGUGGUGUGCUCAAGUAACCAAAACCGGAGCAUGGAGGCACACAGUAUCCUCAGCAAAUGAGGAUUCAGUGUCCAGUCCUUUGGAACAGCACCUCAUGUGAAGUUUCCAGGACCAGCACCUAACAAGCCAAAUAUUUAUGAUUUCGAAACCACAUAUGAUGAAAUGUACAUUGAUCUUAUCACGAAAGACGAAGAAUUCUAUACACAGAAUGGCAUUCUGUAUAUGUUAGACAGAAAUAAGAGAAUCAAGCUCCGGCCAGAAAGGUUCCAGGAUUGCAAAGAUGUGUUUGAUCUGAUCAUCACUUGUGAAGAGAAAAUUGAUGCGGUGGUGGAAGAUCUGAAUUCCAGAGAACAGGAGACCUGCCAGCCAGUGCAUGUGGUGAACAUGGACAUCCAGGACAACCAGGAAGAUGCCAUCAUAGGGGCAUUUCUCAUCUGCGAGCUCUGCCAGUGUAUGCAGCGCUCAGAGGAUACGGAGAAUGAGAUUGAUCAGCUGCUUCAGAAGUUGGAGGAGAAGAACGGCCAGGCCUUCCUGCACAUGGUCUGCUUCUACUAA